GCGCGGCGGACGCGGGAGCGAGGGCUGCGGGGCCGCCUCCGAGCAGAAACCGCCGCGGAGGAGCCAUGGUGGGGCCGGGGGCCGCCGCCGCAGUGGAGGAGCGGCAGAGGAAGCUGCAGGAGUACCUGGCAGCCAAGGGGAAGCUGAAGCGCCAGGACACCAAGCCUUAUCUAAAAGCCAAGAAUAUUUGCUCAAAUCCAGCACCUUCUAAAUCUACUGUUAGACCGAAACAGGAUCUUACUAACCGUGGUGCUUUGCCUGUCAAAGCUGCAAAGCCCGGCAGCGUCAAGCUCCAGCCAAGACCCACCAAUAUUGCGGGGCCCCAGAAGCCAGAGCUGGGCCCACCAAAACUUGUGGGCAAAAGGCCAGCUUCAGGAUGUGUUUCUUCCAAGCCAAACUGUGAACCUUCCAGCAGUGAUCCACAGCAGCACAAAGACAGAUCAUCCACUAUAGAACUGUCAAGAAAACUUGUGAGAUCACUUAAUGUACAGGAAUCAGAAACCACCAAACAGCAGGGAGCAGACCAAGGAACUGCUAAAUGUACAGACUCUGUGGACAAUAUCCAUGUUGGAAAUGAAUCCUUGGGUAGCUUUCUAAAAGAGCUAAACAAAGAAAACCUGCCCCAGACCUUGUCAGACUCCGAGAGGAAGCCAGAUCCUGAAGUGUACACCGUAAGUAAACCAAAGACUAACUCCUGUAAGCUGACCAGGAGUAGGUUGGCUCCCAAACAAGUUGUGGGCAAAAGUUCAAUGCAUGGUGCUGUUCUGAAAGACAGAGUUAAUAAACAGUUUGUUGGAAAAACGCAAGUUAGGAUUCUCCGAGAAAAGUCGCAGCAACUCUCGAGAGGAACAGGUCUCGCACGGCCAGAAGAAAGGCCCCCGGGGACGGCUCCCUCUUACUCUUUUCAGACCCUUGGUGGGACUCGGGCACCCAGGAGACCACUGGCCAGGGGCCAGGACAUGAUGGUCAACAGGGGCACACGCCAAAGACCAGACAAAGCUGAGGUGCAGCCACAUCACACCAAACCCAGGACACAUCCCCACUUGGUUCAGGGAGGAAAGAGCAGUCUACAUCCAAACUCCGGGCAAGAUCAGAAGGCCACGCAGCCUGGUUUCAGACCUCGAACGCCGUGUGUACUGCAAAGAUCAAGGGCCGUGAGCCAGAGGCCUCGUUUGACAGCUGGCACCUCUAGUUCAAGGACAAGUGGAAGCAGUGGGAAUGAAGCCAGUGACGGCUUUCAGCAGCAUGCACAGACUUCGGACUCCAAAUUGAAAAAGAGUCUUCCCUCAAACCAUUUUCCAAACAAGACAGCUCCCAAAACUCAGGCUGGUGGCAUAAAUAAAAGAGGAGGCCCAAGUGGAAUCCAAACUAAUCCAAAUAUUAAAAAGAAGGCAACAGAGGAUCGAAGAAAACAACUGGAAGAAUGGAGGAAAUCUAAGGGGAAAAUCUAUAAACGGCCCCCUAUGGAACUGGAAACAAAAAGAAAAGUAAUAGAGAAAAUGAAUAUUUCAUUCUGGAAGAGCAUCGAAGAGGAAGAGGAAGAGAAGAAGGCACAGCUCGAACUGUCCGAUAGAAUCAGCAGCACCUUGGCAGAGUGCCUGCAGCUCAUCGAGGGGGGUGUAUUUUCUAAAGAAAUGUUUACCAUAUUGUCCAGUAUUCCUGAGGCUGAAAAAUUUGCAAAAUUUUGGAUCUGCAAAGCAAAGUUGUUGGCACGAAAAGGCACCUUUGACGUUGUCGGGCUCUAUGAAGAGGCAAUUAGGAGUGGGGCAGCACCAAUACAGGAGUUGCGGGAAGUUGUCCUUAACAUUUUACAAGACCCAAACAGAACCACGGAAGGAACUACCUCUGAAUCUUCAGUUGCUGAAACCAACACAGCACCAGCAGGAGAGCUGGCUGAGGGGAUGGAGCCCAAGAAAUCUUGUCUUUCUCCAAAAGAUAGAGAACAGGUCACAGCAACACCCCAGACAGCCACAGCCGCCCAGGACAGGCACCCUGGCAUCAAGUUACAGGUGGCCCCGGUCCCCAGAAUAAACGGAAUUCCAGAAGCGCAGGACGUGAAGCUCGUCACUCCCGUGCGGCGAUCGGCGAGGAUCCAGCGGUCUGUGUCCCGCUACCCGGAGCUGCUGCGGGAGCACGGCCUGGUGGUGGUGUCCCUGGAGGAGCUCCUGGAGCUGGAAGAGACGGAGUGUUUCAUCUUCCGUAAAAAUGACGCUCUGCCUAUAACAUUAGGCUUUCAGAUCCCUGACUCGUAAUUUCUUGACACUUAAAAAAGAAAGUUUCUGGUAUUUCAGAGCCUCCAGGAGACAAGAAACGCCCUUGUUAGAGGUCCGGGAAGAACUGUAGAACAGCUUCGUGGACACAGAGGACGGGCCCUCGGGACUUGUUCCCUGGCUUACACUCAAAUUCCGGACCCGACGGGCGCGCGUUUGGCCUGUUGGUUAGGACUGUGGUUUGCCACAGUUGUGCAGUGCGUGUGCGUUCCACACUGCCGGCUGUAAGUUUAGUUUCUCCCACAGGCGUGCUAAACAGUUGUUAGUCGACUUGACUCCAAGUGUGGUUUUUCUGUCACGAGCCCGGGGCCUCCACCUGGUGCCUGGGUUGCUGCCACAGCGUCCCGCGGAUUCUUGGCCUCUAGGGCAGCGUUCCUCUCGGGCAGCAAACCCCAAAGCCCGGUGGCCGCCUGACCUUUCGUACGCAGCCCAGCUCUUCAUUAUGCGUAGAAACACUUCAAGUGAAAACAUAGGGACGGUGAGGGGAGGCCCCGGUCUCUGCUCCGCUGGGGGAGCACCGGACUGAGAAGGAAAUGUGAGGCCUGAAGACGGGUCCCCCGGGGCAGCCGCCCUCGGAAAGGGGAACUCAGAAUCGCCAUGUAAAUUAACCUGUGAAAGAACGCAGGCAACACAUUUUUAAUUUUAGCUUUCUUAAUAUUUAAGCUUUGUCUAAAACACACAAAACAUUAAAUGUCAGUCUUUGGGA